AUUUCAGCGCUGCCAGCCUUCAUCUGUUGAUCCCGCCCCUUGUCCUGCUACGUUGCACGUUAUCGUAUCAGAGAAGUAAGCAGAAACCUGCCGCACACCAUGACCAGCAACGCCACACCGCCAGCAGGUCAGCAGGGUUCUCAGCAGCCCGACCAGCAGCAGCAACGCCCCUAUCAGACGAAGCUGGUCCUGCUUGGUCCCGCAGCGGUGGGCAAGUCCUCUGUCGUCCUACGUUUCGUCUCCAACGAGUUCCAGGAGAACAAGGAGCCCACGAUUGGGGCAGCCUUUUUGACUCAAAAAUGUCGAUUGGACUCUGCAGUGAUCAAAUUCGAGAUCUGGGACACGGCAGGGCAAGAGCGCUUCCACUCGCUUGCGCCCAUGUACUACCGCAACGCCCAGGCCAGCGCCGUCGUCUACGACAUUACGAACUCCAGUUCUUUCGAAAAGGCAAAGUCCUGGGUCAAGGAAUUGCAGCGUCAAGCCAGCCCAAACAUCGUCAUUGCUCUUGUCGGCAACAAGGUCGAUCUGCUCUCCGAGGAGGGCUCUUCUGCCACCGAGGGUGCCCAGAAGCAAAGUGAAGAGGGUGAAGAGGACGAGGACGACGAUGACGACGAGAACGAGACAGUGACGGGCAACAACACGGGAUCGGCAGCAGCGGCAGUAUCGUCGAAGAGGGCCGUGCCGAAGGAGGAGGCAAAGGCGUACGCCGAUGAGGGCGGGCUCCUCUUCUUCGAGACGAGCGCAAAGACAGGCGAAGGCAUCGUCGAGCUCUUCACCGAGAUUGCGAAAAAGAUUCCCAUUGACCAGCUUGCCGCUCAGCAGCGCAGCACCUCUGGCCAGGCUGGCCAGGCCGGCCGAGGAGGCAAUGCCGGCAGGACGAGCGCAGGCGGCAACGUCGACCUCGGUGCUGGUGGUGACCGGGCUGGACGGGAUGCUUGCAACUGUUGA